AUGCAAUCUACUGAAACGCAAAAUUUAAAAGCUACACCAAAUGAUGGAAAUGAAGAAAAUGUGUAUGAUAAAGAUACACACAUUAAUUCAUCACAAGAUAACAAUUAUAAUGAAGCUACGCAAAAUUUAGGAAAAACAAAUCCUAUAGAAGGAUAUUAUACAGUUACACAUGAAAAUAAUUCGCCAAUGGGUGUAAAUAAUAUUCAAUAUAUGACACCUAGUAUUAAUGAAUCGGGAAUACCAGUUGAUCCAACGGCUAUGCAAGCAGCUGCAGCUAUAAAUCAAAGUUUAAUGUUUCAAAAUAAUGGUGUCCCCACAGAUUACCCCCAAUAUCAUAUGUUUAAUGGAAUGAAUACAAUGUAUGGAGGAAUCCCUCAGUACUAUGGGGGUUUACAUAUGCCAAUGAAUCCAUAUUAUGAUCCAUAUGGGAUUAUAAAUCCUUUAUCUUGUGCUCCUCUUAAUUUAGAAAAAACAAAAAAAAAAACAAAAAAAUUUUACUGUUGUUAA